CAAUAAACUUUACAAAAUUGACAAUGACAAACGCGCAGCGGGACACGUGACAUUAGACCGGUCCUGGCAAAGUAAAAGCAAAAUGUUGCCCAAUGUGGUGUUCAGGUUAAAUUAUUUGCCUGGGUCAUAUAUUAGUGUUAGAAUAGCGAAAAACUACGAGUUUAGAAAAUUGUUACAUUUAAGCAUUACACAAACAUGCGGAAUAUAUAUGUCAGCCAGAGAAGGGACUUCAAUGAAAGAUACAGGUGAAUCUAUGAUGAAGCAGUCCAAUGUAUUCUUGAACAACAUUUCUGACCAGGUUCUGUACAAAGCACACAUAGACAUGAUGUUAAAUUAUAAUUCCAGAAUGAGUAUCCUUGAUUUUUGGGAAGCUGUUCUCUGUUCACAGUGGCCUGAACAUAUAAAGUCUGUUGGGAAGACACUGAGAAAUAAGAAGUCUCAGAGUAUGGCAGCUCAGUGUUUUGUAGAGAGGCUAGUGGAGAAAAAUAUAAUCUCAAUGAAUAGUGAACUCGUUGUCUCCUCAGUCAAACAGUGCUUGUUCUGUAAACCAGCUAUGGAAAUUACAAAACACUGCAACAAUAUUUCAUUUUUAAGUGAUAGAGAAGUUAGUUAUAACAAUAGAAGACAUUGUUUGGUAAUGAAGUUGCAUCAAGAUAUGUUUUGUAGACCAAAAAACAUUCAGAACAUUUUAUUAAAUCUAAAACAAGGAAUUCGUUCAAUUCAUAACUUAAGCUCAACAGACUUGUUUGGAAGUGGGGAUAAUGUUCAGAAGAUUACAAAGCUGAGUGGAAAGGAGACAGACAGCACAUCACAUGAAGAAGAGAACAACUUGAAAUUAAAAGUGAAAACUGCAAAAGGCUUUUAUUAUUCAAGGAAACAGCAGGGAUCUUCUGAAAAUAUAAAAGGUGGAAAAAAUAAAACUACAGAUGAUCUUCUUGAAGGUGAGAAGUCUGAAGACAUUACUUCUGAAGAUUUGGAGAUAGUUGAGAGCAGGUUCCCUCAACCAAAAGGAACUCUUCAUAACCUGUAUGCAGUAGUAGCCAAUGAACUGAAGAGUUCUAGUUACUGUCUUGAAAAGAGUUACCGGAUGGUAUCUGUUCGCACUGGGAAGGUUACCAACAAAAUGUGGAAUUGUAUAUACAAAGUAAAGUGGCCUAGUGAGGCCAACUUUUCUGCAACAAUGCCAUCCAAAGCUGCUGCUGGAAAGCAAGCAGCAUUGAAAGCUUUGCAUUGGUUACAUGCUCAAGGCAAACUCACUCGGGCUGGAGCCCCACUAUUGUAUGAUAAAAGUGAGAUUAAAGAGAUGACGAGAGUACCUGUAGAAGUGACUGUUGAUGUCAGUUCCUUUCAAGAUAUUGACAUGCUUAUUGACUCAUACAAAAAGGAUAUUAAGCCUGUGCUUAAUGAAUUGGAAACAUCUGAGAAUCAAAAUAAAAUAAUGAACACUAAUGACAUCAGUGAAGGAAGUGCAGAGGAAUUGUUUGGUAGUGUAGAAGCUACUAAUCCAGUAACUGGUCUUCCUAGAAAUGAUUAUGGUCUAAAAGAAAUUACUCAGCGUAAUAUACAGCUGUACAAUCGUUACAGAAAACGAAUUCAUUCUUUAGAAAAUGGUAGCAGUAUAUUCCAACGAUUUGAAGGUGAAAUGAAGAAAAAUAGAGAAAGCCUACCCAUUGCAGAAUUUAGGGAUCUGUUACUGCAGAUGGUUGAAGAGAAUCCUGUGAUAGUGGUGAAGGGUGAACCAGGCUGUGGAAAAAGCACUCAAGUACCACAGUAUAUAAUGGAGCACUGGGAGUCAUCACAACAAGGUGCACAUUGUAACAUAAUAGUCACUCAGCCACGUCGUUUAAGUGCCAUAUCAUUAGCAGAGUGGGUAGCACAUGAAAGGAAGGAGAGGGUGGGUGAUGUUGUUGGCUACCAAGUUCGAUUAAAGGCUGCACUACCCCAGCCUCCUGGUGGUGCUGUACUGUACUGCUCAACUGGCAUCCUUCUACGUCGGCUCCAGAGCAACCCAGGAUUAAUUGGUGCUAGUCAUGUCAUAUUGGAUGAAGCUCAUGAACGUGAUGUGAACACAGAUGUCCUCCUUGUUCUCCUGCGCAGAGCAUUAGCUCUGAACCCUAAAUUACAUGUGAUUGUCAUGAGUGCCACCAUUAAUGCCGAGUUGUUCCAGAAGUAUUUUGAUAAUGCACCUAUGCUUCAUGUUCCGGGGUUUGCACAUCCUGUGCAAUCAUUCUUUAUGGAAGAUCUCAGCAUUCCAGGUGUGAAUGUGAAUUCUGAUAUGUCAAAUCUUCCUGCUGUUGACUGUCAUCAGGUAGCUACUUUAAUUCGCUGGGUGGAUAGAAACCGACCUGAUGGAGCAAUAUUGUGUUUUCUGCCUGGGUGGGCAGAAAUUGUAACAGUAACAAAACAUCUAGGCAAUGAUGGUUCACAUCUUAUUUUGCCAGUGCAUUCACGACUAACUCAUGAAGAACAGCGUCGCAUCUUCUACACUCCUAUGCCAGGAGUGCGCAAAAUAAUUCUGGCUACAAACAUUGCUGAAACUAGUAUUACCAUCAAUGAUGUGAUAUAUGUGAUAGACACAGGAGCACACAAGGAGCAAAGGCUUAAUGUCCAGCUAGGUGUGGGAGUACUGGACAAUCACUGGGUAUCACAAGCAAAUGUUAAUCAGCGACGAGGACGAGCUGGCAGGGUUCAACCUGGUGAAUGCUACCACAUGUACACACGGGAAACAUAUGACAGUUUAAUGAAGUAUCCAAUUCCUGAGUUGCUUCGCAUUCCGCUUGAGAAGACUGUUCUUGAUUGCAAGACAUAUAGUCAAGAUGAGAAAGCUGCAGAAUUCCUGUCUCAGAUGCCAGAACCACCUCCUCCUGAGGCAGUUGUUCAAGCAGUUUAUGAGCUGAUUCAUCUGGGCGCCUUGGAUGAGAAUGAAAUGUUGACUCCCUUGGGUAGACGUAUUGCAAUGUUCACAACACACCCAAAACUAUCCAAAGCCCUGGUACAUGCAGCAAUAUUCAGGUGUGUAAGUCCAAUGGUAACUAUUGCCACAGUAUUGACUAGUGAUUCAGAAAUGUUUCAAGGAGGACUAAGCUUUAAGGAUACUAUACGAUCAGUCAAGAAGACUUUCCAUCCAUCUAGUGACCAUCUGUCCCUAGCAUGGCUCUAUCAGGAGUGGGAGACAUUUCUUAAAGAAAGCACAGCAGAUGCACUCAGUUUCAGCCAAAGCAAGGGCCUGAAUAAUGACAACAUGAAACUAAUCUCUAAGUUGCGCAAACUAUUCUCAGAACACUUAUGGCAGUCCAAGAUGCUGGAUGAUUCAGAAAACUAUAAGGAUCUAACUGCUGCUUGCAACAGAUAUGCAAACAAUGAUGAACUAGUGAAAGCAGUCUUUUUAUCUGGUAUGGGCACAUUACUAUACAGACAGAGCUGGGAUGUGAAGAAGGGACGCCUCAAAAAGAACACAAAUGUUGUACUAACAGAAUCAGGUAAGCGUACAACCAUCACUCCUGAAAGUGUGAACUACAAGCGAACACAUUAUUCAACUCCAUUUCUCACAUACUUCCGUCAAGUACAAUCAGUGGAGAGACGUACAAUAGUGGUGCGGGAAACAAGUCUCCUCUCUCCCUUGUCAGUUCUGCUCUUCAGUACUGGAAAAAUCAGUGUGCAUGAGUACAGGCCUCCUCCAACAAGUGAAGGGAAGUGGAAAAACCAUAUGCUUCUGAAGAUUAAUCGGAGGCGGGAUAUCACAAUGUUAUGUGAAAACAGUCAAGUUGAGCGACUUGUCGAGCUGCGUAAAAUUUUGUGGAACUUGAUCAGUUACUUUGUCAUGAAGGAAGGUAUAGAUGAAGACUUUGACCGUUAUCAAACUGUCCUCAAUUUUCAUGAUAGAUUUUUGCAAAUUCUGUGUAAAAUAAUGUAUAAAGCAGGUGCUACAAUUAAGUGUGACAGUGAGGGCACUCACCGAGAAUAACUUGUUAACACCCUUUUCAUGGCACACUUGCAAAAAAAGUGGAAUUGUUGACAAGUUUUAAGAAUCUGUAAUGUCAAAGAGGGCAUACUUCUGUAAUUGCAUUUACUGUGGAUAGGAUUGUCCACCAGUUUUCAAGAAUGCAGAAUUUUAUGCAUUGAAAUUACUUGCAUGUUAUUAGUUCUGUUCUAUCAUUGUCACUUGUCAUGAAUAUCUAGAGUCAGUACACAGAUACAUAUCUGAGGAAAAUGAACAUUUUUAUGAUUAUGAUUGUUUUAGGCCAACUUAUAUGCUUGUAAAUAAUUUCCAUUAAAUGACAUCAUGAUAAAAUAAAUUAAGCAACAUGAAGUGAAGAAAGUAUAAAUGUUGCUACCUGUUCCUUCUGAAGAAAGAAUCUGGUAAUCUGGAAUUGUUUUGGUAAUAGUAUGUUGGUGUUAACAGUGAUAUGGUGCAUCCAGCUUUCAGAAUACUGAGCAUUGUUAUAAGAUAUCUAAUGGAAUGACCUGUAAAAAUUCAAAUUUGUCUUUUCUAUUUUCUCACACUGGGUUAUGGUGUAUUUAUAUUUCUUUUAUACCAUCACAGUGAGAAGAAGUUAUAAUUUAUUUGUUUAGACAAAUUUUAUAUUUGUGAGUUUUUAAUUGUCCUUCCUAAAUGUAACAGCUUUAUGUCGCUGUUGUCCUAUUUUCUUAUUUGGUUUGUGCAGUGCACUGUACUGUAAAAGAAUUUGAACAGUUUUAGGUCUUCUGCAUUGUCACGAUGAUAAGCGCGUGUAGCUAAAGAAUUGCUUAUGCUGGUACUGCUUCACCAAUAAAGGGGUACCUGGAGAAGCAGCUACAUUUGCUGUGCCUUUAAUCCACUCUUGUAUAGAAAGGAUAAUGCCUCUGCAAUAAACUGUAUAGGUAA